GGGCCCGGCGCGCGGGGCCCAGCAGUGCAGUGCGUGCGGCGGGGCGCACGACAAGGCGGGAUGCCAAUUUGCUCGUUAUGUAUGCCGGGUAUGCAAUAGACAGGGGCAUUUAAAGCGUAUGUGUCCCAAUAUGACGGAGCAAUACGAUGUGCAUGCCAACACCGUCGUGGAUGAGGAAAAUGCGUGCAGUGAAGACAGUGACGAGUUCCAGAUUCUCUGAGGUGUUAGCGGACGGCCUGGGGCGGUUUACCGGCGGCAAGGUCAGCAUCCACCUGCGUGCGGAUGCCCGGCCUGUGUUCCUGCGCGCGCGCCCCCUGGCGUACGCGCUGCGCGAGCCGGUGGAGCGCGCGCUGGAGCAGCUGGUGCGCGACGGCGUGCUCACCCCCGUCGACCGCUCCGACUGGGCCACGCCUAUCGUGCCGGUCGUAAAAAAAGACGGUAACAUACGUAUCUGCGCUGAUUUUAAAAUGACUUUGAACCGGGUUUUAGAGGUUGACCGUUAUCCGCUACCUAGGGUGGAGGAUUUAUUAGCACGUUUACAUGGGGGGGAGCGUUUCAGCAAGAUUGAUCUUUCGCAAGCCUACGCGCAGUUUGAGCUUGAUGAAUCAAAAAAGUACACCGUAAUAAAUACCCACAAGGGGUUAUUUAUGUACAACCGCUUAGUGUACGGCCUGUCAUCUAGCCCCGGAAUAUUCCAAAGACAUCUAGAACAAUUAUUUUCUGACCUGCCGCACGUGGGCGUAUUUUUGGAUGACGUCAUUAUUACGGGUAGCAAUACGGAAGCCCACGUGGACAACUUAUACAAAGUAUUUGAACGAUUGCAGGCAUAUGGGUUGCGGGUCAGAAAAGAUAAAUGCGCGUUCUUUGAAGAGUCGAUUAAUUAUUUGGGGCACGUCAUUAGCAAGGAGGGGGUCCAUACGUGUCCGGAUAAGGUUAGGGCCAUCGUGAAUACCCCGGCACCUAGCAACGUGUCUGAGGUUCGAGCGUUCGUGGGUAUGAUAAUGUAUUACGGGAAGUUUAUAAAAAACGUUAGUACCAUGCUUACGCCAUUGUAUAAUUUGUUAAAGGCAGGAACCAAAUUUGUUUGGAGCGCGAGUUGUCAGGAGGCGUUCGACAAGGUCAAACAAGUGCUGACUUCGAGUGAAGUUUUGGUGCACUAUUCGGGUUCUCUGCCGUUAGUUUUGACAUCAGACGCAUCCGGGGUGGGGAUAGGUUGCGUUAUAUCGCACCUCACGCCAGAGGGCGAGCGACCGGUGGCUUACGCGUCGCGUACUCUUACCCCGGCCGAGCGUGGGUACGCGCAGAUUGAUAGGGAAGCGCUAGCCUUAGUGUACGGAAUACGGAAAUUUCACCAAUAUUUAUACGGUCGUAAAUUUAUAUUGAGGACCGAUCACAAGCCGCUCACAUACAUCUUUGGCGAUAAAGUAGGGAUCCCGGUGAUGGCGGCGUCCCGAUUGCAGCGCUGGGCGAUUUUGUUGUCAGGAUAUAAUUAUGAAAUUGAAUACGUACCGUCAAGUAAAAACUGUGCUGAUGCGUUAUCGAGGCUGCCGCAAGGAGGUCAAGAUCAGAAACAAAAUCAGGAGGUGACUUACCUUAAUUUUGUGGAAGAUUUUUUACCUGUAACUAACGAGCAAGUUAAGUCGGCUACGUCACAUGACGUUACUCUGAGUAGGGUGUUGUCGUAUGUGCAGUCAGGCUGGCCGACAUCGUGUCAAGAUGAAGAGAUCAAACCUUUCCUACUAAGGCGCCACGAGAUGUAUGUAGACCGAGGUUGCUUAAUGUGGGGUUACCGGAUGGUGAUACCAGCCAUUUUGAGGGAAACAGUUCUCAAGCAGCUACACGUUAGUCAUAUGGGCAUAGUAAAGACUAAGGCCUUAGCCCGUAGUUACGUUUGGUGGCCCAAUAUUGACGCCGAGGUGGAAGCGCAGUGUCGGCAAUGUGAGACAUGUGCCGCGGAGGCGCCGGCGCCGACGCAUGCUCCUCCGAGCCCUUGGCCUUACUCAACCCACGUCUGGAGUAGGCUACACGUAGAUUUUUUGGGGCCAUUCAAGGGAAAAACGUUCUUAGUACUAAUAGAUUCGAGUUCAAAGUGGCUGGAAAUAUUUGAAAUGUCUAGGACGAACGCAGGGGCAGUAAUUAAAGAACUGAGAGCAACUUUCGCGCGUUUUGGGUUGCCAAGGGAAUUAGUAUCAGACCAAGGUCCACCGUUCACAAGUAAUGAAUUCAAACAUUUUCUUGAAACUAAUGGCAUAAAGCAGUCUUUCUCUCCAGCAUACCAUCCAGCGUCGAACGGAGCCGCGGAAAAUGCUGUCAAAUUAUGUAAACGUGCGAUUAGCAAGGCUAUUAGAGAGCGUACAGAUGUCGACGCGGCGCUGCAGACUUAUCUCAUGACAUACAGGAAUAGCAUGCAUAGUACCACAGGAGAUAGUCCGGCGAUGCUUUUGCAGCGGCGGUCGUUACGUUCACGGUUAGAUUUGCUCCGCAGCGAGAGUGCGCUGGAGAAACGGGUUAGUUCGGCUCAGCAGCGGCAGGUCGAGAACGCAGGCGGUACGCAACGUCAUUUUCGGCCGGGGGACGCAGUUUGGGCUCGCGAUUAUACCGGUAACGACAAAUGGGUUAGAGGUACGGUGCGGAGUGCCGAAGGUUCGCGGAGAUACACCUUAGAUAGCGGAAGCGGUAGAUCGGUUCUUAGGCAUGUUGAUCAAAUCAGACGUAGAUCUAGGUUAUCGACUGUACCUUGCCCUGAAGAGGUCAACGAGACUAACGAGCGGUCGCCAGGGGCUGGCGACGGCGUCGCGCGCUCUAGCCAGCAGACGGAAGUGGGCGAGGGAAACGCGCAGCCUCCCCAAAAGGUGGAAGUAGCAAGUGCUGAAAAUAGUGAAACAAAUGUGGCUGGGGUGCCUCCCCCACGUCCGGCUCCUCCGCUACAGCGGCGAUCCCCGCUGAACCUCAGACCUUUACCGAGCAGAAUUCGUAAGCUUGAAAUAGAUUAAUAUGUACGAGUUAAAUUUAUGUGAGAGGAGCAUGGAUAGUUUGCAAAUAAGGUCUUUACGAUUAGAUAUAGAUUUAUUUAGG